AUGCCAGCCGCGGAGCACCUCUGUGACGGCUGCGGCAAUCCCGCCUCCUCUUUUCAGUGCCCGCUCUGCCAAGCCGAGAUUGCCACUGACCGUGGCUUCUUCUGCGGCCAGGAGUGCUUUGCGAAGAACUGGCUGAACCACCGCAAUACGUUCCACAAGAAGGGCGUUGUUCGGGCCAAACAGCAGCCACAGCCCGCUGCCGUCGAGGCAUCCGGGGAACGCCGAAAGCGGUCGACGGGGGAGCGGAAGGAGGCCAACGAAUCUGCCAAAAAGAAGCGGAGGCUAGCAAAGGCGGUGGUAGUGGAAACAAAAGAGGCAGCCGUUGUCCCAUGGCUCCCGCUCUCGGCGGAGACCCCCGACGGGGGCGAGGUGACACCGCCGCUAUCCCCCAACACACCCCGCGCAGUGGUUGGAGGAUGCCCAUUGGCAGAUUGUCGCACCGCAUUCUGGUCGGCGGCUUUUGCGGCGUCGCGCCACAUUCUUGCCGCACUUUCCCCAAUUGACAGUGCCACACCGCCGCACGUGCUAGUUGUCACAAGUGGUCCAUUAGAAGCGCAUGCCAUGGCCUGGGCCGCACGCUGCGCUGGUCUUGCAGGAGCUAUGCGUCUUGUUGUGAGUCCACCUGCAGAGGCGGAGAAACUGGGCUCCGCGAAGAAGAAUUCUGGUGAAGGACGAGUUGUGAUUACAACACAAGCGAUUGUGCGCUGUGUGGCGGACGGAUCCGUGGCCGUGUGGCUACCGACAGCAAACAGUCUUCUCGUGACGCUGCCUGGCGUUGUGGACGCGUGCGACCUUCAGGCUGUUCACACCCGUGCCGUCUUUUUUGUCUACCACCGCACCGGUGACGCGGAUUCAUCGGAGGACAACUGGUGUGCGGAGGAGGAAAUUCUCCAUCACGUCUCUCCGCUGCCGAACCCUCCUGCUGCCCUGCACCGCCAAUUUGAUGCGGCCGUCGCCACGACUGUGAAUUCCUCAACGAAUGACGGAAAUGGGGCGAAUUCCACACCAACUGCAAGGCCGCCUCGUUUUGACAAUGAUGUGUCAACUGCACUUGUACGCGGUGACCUCGCAGGGGCCGUUCAACAUCUGGUGCGGCUGUACAGUACAAAUCGGGGUAUAUUUGAGGAAGUGCUUGUAAACAGUUUGUUAUCGGCGCUUGGCGCCGCAGGCGUCGCCCACGCCCAUCACACGCUGGCCUACGCCGCACGCCAACUCGUGGAUCAAUCCGCGAGGUUUGCCGGGCCACCUGGAGGCACGCUGAAGGAAAUGACGCUCCGCGCAGUGGCCAAGGUGGUCCGUCUCUUCCCGCCCAUCGCGGAGCUUGAGGAGGAGGAAAAGGCGGCGUUUCCGCUCGCCGUCGCCGCCGAGGCGGCCGGAGGCAGUGAUCCACACAGGCUUCUUCCUCAACCCUCUGCCAUCGAGAAGAAGAAGUUUGCGAACUACUACGCGACGCUUCCGAACCUUCAGCUCCAGGCCACCAUGUGCUACCUCUACGAUCAGGCCACACCUGCGGUUAUAGAUGCAUUUGGUGCAGCCUGGGGGGUGAAGAGGGUGGUGCCCGGGCUUGAAGCCUUGAAGGUGGCGGAUCGAAAACGCGAGGAUGCAGUGCGACGGUUGCAGAGUCGAUACGGCCCCAAGCUUAGUCCGGCCUUUGCCAAUUACCUUGUGGUCUUGAUGCACUUCCUCUACGAUGCGGUGGCGGGAUAUUCCUUCGCCGUGGAAGAAGUGGAGCGGCGGACUCUCUGGUCGACGACGCUCGAGCCAAAAGUGGGUUCGCUUCGUAGUUUCCUGUCAAACUGUUUUCUACUGCAGAAGGAGGACACCGCCGCCGCGGAAUCAAAGCAGGGGGCCACAGCGCGGCUGUCAAGCCGGAAGCUGUCGCACAAACCCCCGAGCCGUGCGGAACUGCUGCGUGCACUGCCGGUGCGAACUGCCAUUCCAGAGGAACCGCUGGUUCUUUCGUGGUCGACGCUUCCACUUGCGGGCCAACGGCAACGUGAGGUAGAGCGGCUGCACCGUCAGGCAGUGGAGGAGAUUCUCAUGGCGAUGCCACGAAACCCCCGCCCCAUGUAUGUUGGUGACGUUGGAAACCUUAUUGGGAAGUGGCCGCAUUUCAACUGCCGGUUUGACGGCUCUCUUGGUGUGAGUCUCAUGGAGUUUCUUAUGCAGCAUCCCGAGUCUUUUCGAGUUGUGGGCAACCUCGUGACGCGGCGUACGGCGGGCGUGUCUGAACCCGUGAGGAUGCGCUUUGACAACGACGACAGCGGCGACGAUGACGAUAACGACAACGACUCUGACAAGGACCGCAAGGCGAAGGACCGUGCGUUGCUCACGGGGGCAAAGGGCAGCGGUGGACGUGGGUUGAGUGCAAAGGACCUGCCGGCCCGAGCACGGAAGAGGGCGGCAGUGAAGGCCUUCAACAAGGGUCGCUUUAAUCGCAACUACAAGCCGCUUGACUCCUCCGCAAAGGUGCCCGGGUACGUCAAGCAUGGACCGCGCAAAGUCAAGGGGAGGGGCCGCAAGGCCAACAAGCGUGUCACAAAGCGUGGCGACUAG